GGUUUGGAGCUCUGGCCCGAGGCACCCGGGCGGCGAAGAUGUCAGCUUCCCUAGUCCGAGCCACUGUCCGGGCUGUCAGCAAGAGGAAGCUGCAGCCCACUCGGGCCGCCCUAACCCUGACACCUUCAGCAGUACACAAGAUAAAACAGCUUCUUAAAGAUAAGCCUGAACAUGUAGGUGUGAAAGUUGGUGUUCGAACCAGAGGUUGCAAUGGCCUUUCUUAUACUUUAGAAUAUACAAAGACAAAAGGAGAUUCUGAUGAAGAAGUUGUUCAAGAUGGGGUCAGAGUGUUCAUUGAAAAGAAAGCACAACUCACCCUUUUGGGAACAGAAAUGGACUAUGUAGAAGACAAAUUAUCCAGUGAGUUUGUGUUCAAUAACCCAAACAUCAAAGGAACGUGUGGCUGUGGAGAAAGCUUUAACAUCUGAACUCUCAGGAUCCUUCAUGCUGCCGUGACCUGCAGGGAUACCUGCAGAAACCUUGGGCCU